CUAUGAGUAGGGUCUAGUGUUAUUUGCGGUUUUCUGUAAGGUGGAGGUACUUCCCCAGUUGGGCUCUGCUCUAGAUCUGGAAUGACAUCCGCUGUGCUGUGCCCUACCACACAAAGCGAGAUAACAUUCACAAUGCCCAUACCUAUUUGGCUUAUACUACUAUAAUGACGUACCCGGGUCCGAAACAUACAGUACAUUGCAAGUUAAAUAAAAGCUUGUAAAAUAUGGACACCCUACCGCUCGAGGGUUAUUUACAGACCAGUCUUUGUUAAUUGUUUCAUAACAACGUUUCUGGCAAUAAAAAAAAAUACGAAUAAAAUGUUGGUCAAAAGUUUAUUUGUAUUGUGUGCGUUUUUUAAUUGUGACGUUAGUGGCCAGAUAUGUAGAAAAAGGACCGUAGUAACCAAAUUGGAAUACGAGCAGUACAAAUAUACGUACGUCGAUCGAUACACGAAGAAGAACUGGUUUGGACGAGUGGUCUACAAAACCAGGAUAAAUUCCGCUGUAGGGACGAGGCCGGUUCAAAAGCAAGAGGUCGAGUUCGUGCCGUCAUGUUGCGAUGGGUACAUCAGGACUGACAGCGGAUCAUUAGCUGACAUAGAGUGCACACCAAUAUGCACGCCGGCGUGCGAGAACGGGAAAUGCAUAUCGCCAGGCGAGUGCGAGUGCAACGAAGGCUACUUGUUGGACGACGACAGCCCGCACAAAUGUUCGCCUACCUGUGAACAGUGCCUCCACGGAACCUGCGUGGCGCCAGAUGUGUGCUUUUGUGACUACGGUUACUCUACACAGAACGGAACAUCAUGUCUACCAAUUUGCUCAGAGCCCUGCGUCAACAGCGCCUGCGUCGCUCCUGACACCUGUCAAUGUCACUCCGGCUACAGAAAAACUGACAGCAACCUCUGCACCCCUUAUUGUUCCCACGGCUGCCUUCACGGGACAUGCACUGAGCCCGAAACUUGCAUUUGUAACACUGGAUGGCAGAAAUCAGAAAUAGGCGAAUGUAUACCUAAAUGUGAUGUCAAAUGUGGAAAUGGCACCUGCACUGAACCUAAUCAUUGUACUUGUAAUCAAGGAUACGUAGCUAAUGAAGAACAUGAUCCUGUAUGUGUACCACAUUGUGAUGUUGGAUGUGGUAAUGGUACUUGUGUUUCACCUAAUACUUGCAAAUGCGAUGAAGGAUACAGAGUUGACAAUAAUAAAGAUCCUAAAUGCGUACUGCAAUGUGAUAUUGAUUGUGGUAAUGGGACUUGCAUAGCACCGAACGAAUGUAAAUGUCAUACAGGAUAUAAAAUAGACAGAGGUAGGAAUCCAAUGUGUAUACCAGAAUGUGAAAACGAUUGUGGGUCUGGGAUUUGCAUAGCACCGAAUAGAUGUGAAUGUCACAGAGGAUAUAAAGCCGAUAGAGAAAGUAAUCCAGUGUGUACACCACAAUGUGAUGUCAAAUGUGGAAAUGGAACUUGUAUUGCACCUAACACUUGCAAAUGCAACACAGGUUAUAAAGAAGACAGAGAUAAAGACCCAAUAUGUACACCCCAUUGUAACAUGGAAUGUCGUAACGGUUUAUGUAUAGCGCCAGAUCAUUGUCAAUGUUAUAAAGGAUAUGAAAUUGAUAGAAGUAAUUUUUCAAUAUGCGUACCAAAAUGUGACGCUUGUAGUAAUGGAUAUUGUGUGGCACCUAAUACUUGUGUGUGUGAUGAUGGAUAUCAAUUAGAUGAAGGAAAUAAUCCAGCGUGUAUACCCCACUGCGAUAACAGAUGUGGCAAUGGAACAUGCGUAGAACCUAAUGUAUGUAAAUGUUUCCCAGGUUAUAAAUUAGAUAUUGAUAAUAAAUGUGUACCAGACUGUGGACAUUGUGAAGGAAAUUGUUUUGCUGUAGGUCAAUGUGAAUGCGAUGAACCUUUUAAAGCAACUCGAAUUACUGCAGAUGGUCACGAAUGUAAAGGUAAUAAUGACAAUUGCACGCAAACUAUUUGUAAAAUAGAUAUAGCAACUACAGAAGGUAUAUCGUAUGGAUACGAUGAUAUUGAGACGAAAACUACUGUUGAACUGAGACCUACAACAAAUAAUAUAGACAGGUUUGCGUUUAAUGGGUCUGUAUAUGAUGAUUAUGAUGGCCUUCUUAAUAAUUCAGUAGAACUAGACAAUGAUGUAGAAAAUCAAAUAAAGGGAAGCGAACAUUGGAUGCAGUCAAAAUGGGCGUAUGCAGUAAUAUCAAUAGUCGUCAUCAUUUUGGCUAUAAUUCUUGGUUCGCUGGUCAUUUUCCGGACCAACAUAAUAAACUGUUGCACAGGAAGCGGAGAUUAUAAAGUUGAAGAUAGGACAACCGAUGACCCAGACGAAGAACAGAUCUCGGAAGGUAAAAUGCGAUUGUCCACAAUUUUGAAAAAGAGAAAGGAAGAAGACAGUGCCAAUGUAGUAUAAGAAUAAAGUUGAAUAUAUAUUUAUACACGA